GGUUUACUGGGAAUUGUAGUCUGCAAUAUCCUCUUGGACGCGUCUCAGGAGAACGAUCGGGGACUACAUUUCCCACUUGCCUGAGCCGAAGGAAAACGGAGGUUUCCUGCCUGACUCUGCGCUGGUUGCGGCCUUGCGUUGAGAGAGAGUGUGUGUGAGUGGGGGUGGCCUAGGCCCAGGCCGAGCGAGCCCCGGAGCUGGCGGGGGAACAGCAGCCGCAGCAGAGGCGGAUCGGGGGGGCUAUGGACCCCGCAGAGGCGGUGGUGCAGGAGAAGGCCCUUAAGUUUAUGGAAUUAUGAGAAGAUAGAAGCGAGAAAGAAACAACACGGGGUCACAUAUGAAGCCCAGAAUACACAUGCCUAAAGAUGGAUUCCAACUUACAUCUUCUGGAUACCAAGCAUGGCUAAAGCAGUGCUCUAUGCCCCGGUCUCUGUGGCUGGGCUGCUCCAGCUUGGCGGACAGCAUGCCCUCGCUGCGAUGCCUGUAUAACCCAGGGACUGGCGCGCUCACAGCUUUCCAGAAUUCAUCUGAGAGAGAAGAUUGUAAUAAUGAUGAGCCCCCCAGGAAGAUCAUUCCAGAGAAGAAUGCACUCAGGCAGACCUACAACAGCUGUGCCAGACUCUGCUUAAAUCAAGAAGCAGUAUGCUUAGGGAACACUGCUAUGAAGUCUGAAAAUUGUUUGUCGAAAACCAAACUUGCCAAUGGCACUUCAAGCAUGAUUGUGCCCAAGCAAAGGAAGCUGUCUGCAAGCUAUGAAAAGGAGAAGGAACUCUGCAUCAAGUAUUUUGAGCAGUGGUCAGAAUCCGACCAAGUGGAAUUUGUGGAGCAUCUCAUCUCCCAGAUGUGUCACUAUCAGCACGGGCACAUCAACUCAUACCUCAAACCUAUGUUACAGAGAGACUUCAUCACAGCACUCCCAGCUCGAGGCCUGGAUCACAUUGCUGAGAAUAUCCUGUCAUACCUGGAUGCCAAGUCUUUGUGUGCUGUUGAGCUGGUGUGUAAAGAGUGGUACCGGGUGACAUCUGAUGGCAUGCUGUGGAAGAAGCUGAUUGAGAGGAUGGUCCGGACAGAUUCGCUGUGGAGGGGUUUGGCAGAGCGGAGAGGAUGGGGACAAUAUCUAUUUAAAAACAAGCCGCCGGAUGGUAUAGCCCCACCUAACUCCUUCUACAGAGCACUUUAUCCCAAAAUUAUACAGGAUAUAGAGACGAUAGAAUCAAACUGGCGGUGUGGAAGGCACAGCUUACAGCGAAUCCACUGUCGGAGUGAAACAAGCAAAGGGGUUUAUUGUUUACAAUAUGACGAUCAGAAGAUAGUGAGUGGCCUCCGAGACAAUACCAUCAAGAUAUGGGACAAGAAUACUCUAGAAUGCAAGAGGAUUCUGACGGGACAUACUGGGUCGGUCCUUUGCCUCCAGUACGAUGAGCGGGUGAUCAUCACUGGAUCAUCCGAUUCCACUGUCAGAGUGUGGGAUGUAAAUACGGGUGAGAUGCUGAACACCUUGAUCCACCAUUGCGAAGCGGUACUGCACCUGCGCUUUAAUAACGGCAUGAUGGUGACAUGCUCCAAAGACCGUUCCAUUGCUGUAUGGGACAUGGCCUCCCCAACAGACAUUACGCUACGACGGGUUCUGGUUGGACAUAGGGCAGCUGUCAAUGUGGUAGACUUUGACGACAAGUACAUUGUGUCGGCGUCAGGUGAUAGAACUAUAAAGAUAUGGAACACAAGUACCUGUGAAUUUGUGCGCACCUUAAAUGGCCACAAGCGAGGCAUUGCGUGCCUACAGUACAGAGAUAGAUUAGUAGUGAGUGGUUCAUCAGAUAAUACAAUCAGGUUAUGGGACAUUGAGUGUGGUGCAUGCUUGCGGGUCCUGGAAGGCCACGAAGAGCUGGUGAGAUGCAUACGCUUCGAUAACAAGAGGAUAGUCAGUGGAGCAUAUGAUGGAAAAAUUAAAGUGUGGGAUCUAGUGGCUGCCCUGGACCCUCGUGCCCCUGCUGGAACCCUCUGCCUGCGCACUCUUGUGGAGCACUCUGGCAGAGUUUUCAGGCUCCAGUUUGAUGAAUUUCAGAUUGUCAGCAGCUCACAUGAUGAUACCAUUCUUAUCUGGGACUUCCUGAACGAUCCAGCUACCCAAGCAGAAUCUGCCCGCUCCCCCUCCAGAACGUAUACGUACAUUUCCAGAUAAAUAUCACUACACUGUACAUCACAGUUGCACAGGACUCAUUUAACCUGCGGUAUUUAAAUUAUCUGCCACUGCCGGGGCAAAGAAUUACCCACGUAACAGCUAUUACUGAGGAGAGAGGCUCUCAGACACACUUCUGGAACCAAGUUGGCAUGCAGUUGAUCUCGGACAAGGUCUCCUCAGCACGGCUGACUGCUCGAGUGCUGCUAUAUCAGAAGAUUUCUUUUCUCUUUCCCGAAUGACUGAUAUGUUAAAUCUUCCCUUCUCACACUGUUCUUCCCUCCUUUCCCUCUCUUGUCCUGAGUGCAACUGUCCUAUAAAUAUAUUUAACAUGUUGCCAGAAUUUCUUGCUUUGCUCUUAAGCAGAAAAAUCAUUGCCACCAUUCAUUCAGCCAGGAGAAUCACCCUGUGUUGUGUUGGGAGGAGGGGAGCAGCAGGCUGAUGCCUCUACCUUUUGGGACUUGUAUAUAAAGGGCACCUCCACUAAGCUGUAUUAGGGCCCUGGACUUUGAAAAAGGGCCAGAUUAAUGCCAAAUGAAGGCCCUGGUGGCCUGAAACCAGUUGGUAGGUCAUGAUGAAGUCCAGACAAUUUCAGCCGAACCUUUCAGUUAUUACUUUAAAUGAGUUAUUGACCUGGCAGGUGCCAGUUAGUGAAAGAUUUACACCUCCUUCUGCCAAAGUCUAAUAUUACUUCUUGAGAGGGGACCGUUAUUGGUGACAAUAUCAAAUUCCUGAUAAGUUUGUGGUUGUAAUAGGCAAUCUUUUAUUAUCAAAGAGGGGAGGCCUACAAAAAAGUCAGGAAAGACCGGGUUUUUCUCUUCUCCUAGAAGGCACCAAGUGCUUUUUGGCAUUAUCUUUGUGUCCCUCUUUUGUGUCUCCAUUAUGUUGGCACUCCUUUUGCUGCAUAUGCACUGAGUGAAUGACCUGGUAAUUCAGACAUUUCCUGCUGACUUGAUUUGCUCCUGUUAAUAGGCUGACAUUUGUGCAUUGUUGUCAUACCAAGUCAGCUGUAAGGGAACUCCUGAAGAAACAUAAAAAUUUCACAUCUCACCCUGUAAACCGCAAGGCAUAUUUAUAGGCGACGGGGGAGUAGGAGGGAAGAAAACCGAAGGAGUCUUGUCCAGGGUCAGGCAAGACCCACAGCAAACCUGUUCCAAGGUACUAAGCAACCUCCACUUCGUGAACACUUUAAAAAUAAGCUGCAUCCCUUUCCCGGGGGUGCAACAGACACUUUGCCUUCUAACAAAGAGGAGAUAACUCUUUGGUAAAGGUUUAUUUCAAGUUUGUAAGUUAAAAAGCAGGAGAGCUUUACCUGUGCUGCUGGGCAGGCAGGCUCACUCUGUGGUUUGUCUCCUCUUUAUUCAUGUGGGAGUAGUAGUUGCCCCAGUAGGGCCCAUGAUGAUGUUUGGCAAUUCCCAUAGCAGCGCAGGAAGUGGGGGGAGACCAGAAGCUGAUGGGAACUAAUUGGGCAGCUGGUUCUGUUCCUGUAGCUCUUAGCACUGGUUCAAAAGGAAUUAUUUCAUUGGAAUGCCCUGCCCUGGCCAAGGGAACUUCAGCCUACAUGUGAUCCAGGGCCAUAUUAGCCCCAAUGUCAUAGUCAGAGGUAUUUGGAAAAACAGACUCCUACUGAUCUGACUUUCUCCCCCCCCCCCCUUUGAGUGUGACUUAAAAGCAAAAAAUCCAUAUAUCCAGCUAGGAGUAGCUCCCCCCCCCCCCAAAUCACAGGAUGGGAAAUUUUGUCUUGCAGUCUAGUUUGCAGCUUUAAGCACAGCAAGAGGAGAAAGAGAGGAAGGUUUACUGCAUAUUACUCAUUAUGUUUAGAACCUCACUGUCACCUUAACACUGUUUAACCAUUAUUCCCAUGGGCCUGUGUCUACACAUUUUGUAGUGUUGGUUGUAUGUGGAACAAAGUUUCAGAUCUACUAUGCUGGAGCAUUGGUAGUUUUUUCUUUCUUUUUUGCUACCUAUCAGAGUUGUGAGACCCCUGAAUGCUACAGACUGUUGAUUAGGUUCUCUCUCUUUGGCUCUAGAGAGUUCCUUCCUUCCUUCCUUCCUUCCCUCCCUCUCUCCCUUUUCUUACUGACUUAUGAGGAGUUGGAGAUCAGUUAAGAGCCUAUGCCACUGCUGGUGCUUUCUUCCUUGACAAUUGUGGCCCUGAUCUUUCGUGCUCCUGUUCCCAAACUUUUCGAAGCACUAUUUCAAAACAAAACAAAAAACAUGGUACCAGAUAAUUAAUCAUAAAGUGUAAAAGAUGUUCUCAGGGUGAAAGUAGCAAGACGUUCCUGUAAACCAUUUCAAAAGAAGAUGACAAAAUGGUACUUUUCUGAUAGCACGAGGAGCCACCAUGCCUGAGUAUGAGAAAAGGCUGCUGCAAAAGGGAGAUCUUCCCCCUCCAGCUUCUACCUCACUCAGGUUGUGUGAACUAGAAGAAAAUUUGGACGUUCACAGUCUGCUGCAUCCCCAACAUUUGGGAGGGGGUUUAAUCUUUAUCAGAAAAGAAGGUGGCUCUAAAUUGUCUACAUUGUACAUGGAUGUUUAAUGGAUUCACUGGAUAGAUAUUUCCCAAAUGGUUCACAUGAAGUUAAAAUCAAAAAGGGAAUUUUAAUUAUAGUAUUGGCGGGGGGCAGGGGGAGACGGACAAUGAACUAGGACUUGAGCACUAGCAUCUUGUUUUGGAAUGAAAUGCUAACUUGUAAUUGCUUCUCGUAAGUAGUCUUUUGUCUCACUCUUUGGAGUGAGCUCUAAGCAGCUAUUCACAAAAGGAAAAACGGUGGAAAACUGGUUUUUAGCCAUUGGAGAGAUCUGUGCUGGAAAAUAUGAGUUUCUGAUACCAGGACCAUUGACUACACUAAAUGUGUAGUCCAAAUAUGGACACAGGCUGACAUCCUGACUAAAUUGCCUCAGGGAAGUCCCAUUGAAAUUAAAAGGCUGAGUGAGGCAUACCUAACGUACUUUUAAUUUCAGUGGGACUUCCUUGAGGAAACUUAGUUGGAAUGUCAGCCACAGAAUUCAGUAUGUGGCAUAGGAACCUCGCUACAUGCUGAGCCACUUCCACUGUCCCUGAUUAAACGUCAAGGCAAAGAUAAGUGUUUUGAUGGCUUUAUCCCUGUAUUUAAAGUAAGAUGGAAGAAAGACAUCCCACUGCUGCAGGGGGGAACAAUCACCUCUAUUUUGACUUCGUAGAAGAAAAAGGAAAGGGCCUUCAUGCAUAUUCCCCUUCUCUGGGAUUCCACAUGUAUAUCUGCCAAUUUGAGCCUAUGUUGAGUGACAGGUGCUUGACCUCCCAAAAUGAGGUCCUCUGAGUUUCCUUUCCUCCAUGCCAACCUCAGACAUAUCUAGCAGUUAACAGUAUUACCAGGGGAAAUAGCUGUUCACAUACUUUUUUCCACUACUGCUUCAUACCAGGAUCAGGUGGAGAAUAUUCUCUCCGAGGGGGGAGGAGCAUUCAGUGCUUUCCAGUAAUACAGGUUUAUCUAGGUUGCAUGCCUGUCACUGAACGUGUGCUGUUAAAUAUGGAAAAAGGGAAUUGGGGAAACUUUCAGCAGCACAAGGCAUUUCCAUAGUUCCCAAGUGGCACAUGUGAUGCAUUUUAAAUUUGCUGAACUGUGCCCUAAUUUCACCCUUCCCUUUGCCAAGUGUUCCUAUCAUGAAAUUGGGGAAGUCUUCUAAAGAGCUUCCUACUCCCUUGCCCCUCAGAUUGUGCUCCUGAAUGAAUCUCCAUUCAUAUGAAAUAGAUCCCAUAUAUCCAGCCACAUAUCCAGUGAAACAACUGUGAUCUUGGAAGCACAAUUCUCAUUAUAGGCUACACUGACCCAGGCAGCCUCCACUUGGGUUAAAUGCUACAUUCUGGGAGCUGCAUGUUUUGGAAGCAGCACUUCGUACAAGACAAUCUUGGCUUUCUUCUGAAUUAUAAUUUGACUGUUGGAACAAAACACGAAUAUGGUCCAUCCUUUAUAGGACUCCCAAAUGAAAAUAGUGGUUGGAUAAUUCCUCCAUCUGUUUCUUGACAUAGGAGCUCUCUUCAAAGCUCUGCAGCAUCCAUCAUUGUGAGCAUAUCUAGAGGUCGGAGGGAUGUCCUAGUUCUGCAAAAUGUAUUUGCGCUAUAGCUCCGUUGAAGGUCCCGCAAAAUGACAGUGAUCAUAUCAGUAUUUGUAAUUGCUAGUUAGUGAUCUUUCAAUGAGGCGAAGUAUGCACAGGAAAGGGAGAUGAAUCCACACCAGCCUUAGUAUUGGCUCACAAGUCCAGCAUCAUCGAGAAGCUGUUAACCUGGUUCAUAUAGUCAUCUUUCUAGAUCCAGAAAUGUUUGCUCUGGAGUGCAUACCCAGGGGCGUAGCUAUAAUUGAGCGAAAGGGUUCAAAGAACACAGGCCCCCAGCUCCUAAGGGCCCUCCAGAUCCACCCCUCCCAAUUAUCUUCCUCACUCUGGGGGGCUGCCAGAGAGAGGGAUGAACACAGGCCCCCUCUUCCCUAGCUACGCCCCUGUGCAUACCUUUUCUGAAGAAGGUACAAGAGCAGUUCCUUGCAAGUCUGCUCAUGUGCACAGAACACUCAUGUGCAGUGCUCACAAUAAAAAUCAAUAAAAGGUACACACAUUUGCUUAAUUUGUAAUUGCAUGCUUUGUUCUGCUGUUCGAGUUGCACAAUAUUCAAGGUAUGGUGGAGUGAUGAGAAAAGCGAUGACUGUAUGGGGGAGAAAACUGGAGGCCAUGGGGCGGACUGCAGGAAACAGAAGCCCCACCCUUUGACCACAGCACUCACAAUUAUUCCUGCAUGUUUUCAAAGAUACAUUCAAUAAUGAGGGGUAGACCAGUAGGUAUCAAUAUUUGUGUAAGCAGAAUUGCAGAAAACCUGCUGCCUUGAAGUAUACCUGCAGCAGGUAAUUUGUCAGAAAUGCAGAGGGCCCUGUUGUAAGUUGCUUCUAAAAGCCCCAUUUAUAAAUGCCACAAGUCACUUUGUAAUCCUACUAGCCACUUUUACUGGUAAGCCAAGAGCUUUGGUUUCCUUAGCUCUGUGGAAUUGAAUAAAUGGUUGCAAAUUUCCAAUUACUCAACCAGGCUUCUGGUUGAAAAGGAAAGAUAGGUGUAGGUUCUGGACUGUACAACAGGAGAUGCUGCCUUACAUGAGUGCUGCUCAAAAUAUAAUAGUGGACUUUUUAUGUCUUCAUCUUAAAAAGGUAAUCUCCCACCCUUUUUGUAUAGCACAUUGGGAGGGGCAGGGUGGAACUUCACCCCAAAUCUGGCAAUAUGGAAUUGUUGUCUGAUUAAUAUGUCUAAUCUAAUAGCAUCUUGCUUCUUGAAAGUAUUUCAUACACCCAGCAGACAGUACAUGCCUAUUGCAACUUCAAGAAGCUCCGAUAAUUGUAGGCACAGAAGGCUAGAAAGAAAGCAUAUGAUCUCUGGAUUUUAUUUGUAACUCUGCUCUCUUUGUUCUCUAGAUUCUUAAAGUAAUGAGUGCUUUGGAAUUUUUGUGAUUAUGUUCUGGUGAUGUGUAGCUAAUGUACUAACGUUCACAAGCUAGGAUCAUGGUAACAAGUGUGAGGUUUUUUAUUAUUUUAACUGUUCAGAAGAUAACUUAAAUACAAAUAUAAGAUUAAGCUGUGAA